ACAAACAACCCUUUCUUCCCUCACCACCACAAUCGUUUUUCGCAAACGUCGAAGUUAGGCUCUUUACUUGCUUCUAUCAACCUCCAUCACACUCCUGAAACAUGUCUGGUCGUGGAAAAGGCGGCAAGGGUCUCGGCAAGGGCGGUGCUAAGCGUCACCGGAAGAUCUUGCGUGACAACAUUCAGGGUAUCACCAAGCCCGCAAUCCGACGUCUGGCACGUCGUGGAGGUGUCAAGCGUAUCUCCGGUCUUAUCUACGAAGAGACCCGAGGUGUGCUCAAGAUCUUCCUUGAGAAUGUCAUUCGUGACUCUGUUACCUACACGGAGCAUGCCAAACGGAAAACUGUUACCGCUCUCGAUGUGGUCUAUGCUUUGAAGCGCUCGGGGCGCACACUUUACGGUUUCGGAGCAUAACUAAGUUUGUUUGUACGGGAGCUUAUUUCUGUAUUGGAGUAUAACUCCUUGUUAGUCUCGAUAUUCUUGUACUAGUCUUAUAUUUUUCGUCCCUCUUAUCUUUCCUCCACGACUCCACUACCUCAUGGGCACCUUUCCACCAGUUCCCCAAUGCAAUGACAAUGACCCCUCGAUUUGUCCCGUCCUAGCUUAUGACCCCCUCCCACGAGGCAGUGUGUUACUGGGAGUCUGACCCUAGAUCAGUUUAUU